AUGCCCGGCUCCACCGUGCUGCUGAUCGGCGCCUCCAUGGUCGCGCUCCUCGUCGUCUCCCUCUUCACCUUCCUCUGCUCCAACCGGCGCCAGGCCCACCGCGCGUCGCCGUCGCCAUCACAGCGGAGCGUCGUCGACCUCGAGCUCGGCCUGGGGCGGCCGCAAAGGCGGACCCAACGAAAAAAGGGGCAAAAAUGCAUGACCAUAUUCAUGAACCAACAAGUCAAGCAUCCAUACUGA